ACACCAAAUCAUAUGAUCGCUUUUCACAUGACCGAUGGUCAUUCGACAUCUUUCAUUUUUCAUCUUUUUAUGACAAAUCGGGACCGAAAACUUAAUUUUUAGUCCACAAACGUCCAUUAGUGUAGUUAAUCAAAAUGGCGCGCAGCCAUAUAGUGUUCCUUACGUUAGUUUUAAGUGUGGUGUCUACUUUGAGUACGGAGGUGCCUGUAUUUCUUUGGGGCGAUUUGCCUAAAACUUCCUUGAAAUCCAACCCCUUAUCGACGGUUAGCGCCAGCGAAUUCGGCACCAUCCUGAAGCAGGAGCUACUUAAUGAUCCUUUCACUGUGAUUUUUGUAGAGGAGAACUUGUCAGUUGAGGAUUUCUCAAGGAGAGACUUAGAACUCGGCGGUGAUACUUCGUAUCCAUAUUUACAUGCAAAUCUGCCUGAUUCCUACUACCUACCAUCAGUGGAAGAUCCCAUUAAAGUGCUGAAUAGUCUAGCCGACCCCGAGAAAGUGAGUCAUGUGAUAUUGACAGAAAAUGGAUUGUCUGCGGAUAUCGAAUCAGAUAGCGGCAGAUUCCUAUUUAUUAACAUGAAUGAUGCACGGGAAGGCGAGUCGAGGGCGAGCCUGCUCCGUCGCCACAACAAUUUCUUGGAAAACACAAUCACUAAACUGCAGGAUAGGUACAAUUCUGUUAUUGCAGUAUACACAGCCCACUAUCCAUCAUGGACGGUUCCAGAAAGCCACUCGCGUGUCCGUCGUCAGGCGCAGCCAGGGUCACCCAAUGACUUCAUCUUGGACGGCCUUCGUUUCUAUGUUAACGCAAUUCAGGUCACCAAUGCAAACAGUGUUAAGAACCUCACUACAUUGACGAACAGUUCAAGCAUUUUUGAGAACACGAAUGGCACUUCAAUGACCACUACACUUGACUUUUUGAAUGAAAAUACAAAAAUUACGUUGAAUUUCAAAUCUGCGUCUGGGUAUUGGUCCCUUGAUUCAGUGUUAUUGGAUGCUGACAAUGUUAAAACCAACUUGAUAUCUGGUGAUGGAUUCAACACAGAGGUGUAUGCUCUCACUAACUUCUCAUACAGAUGCGCUGACAAUGUCGCCUUCAGACAUAGAAAUGACACCAAGCUUGGAGUUAACUUUUUGAAUUUGAAGAUACAACCCUUCUUUGCCACUUUGAAUGCCUCCGACAUGAACUAUGGUGACUCUUUCAACUGCUCCGGAUUCUUCUCCGCACCGAUAUGGUCCGGUUUGUUUGUGGUGUUCAUCCUCCUGAUCAUCACCUUCUACGGCAUCAUGAACAUGAUGGACAUCAGGACCAUGGACCGCUUCGACGACCCCAAGGGCAAAACCAUAACGGUCAAUGCUCUUGAGUAAAAAAGUGUCUAUGGGAUUUUCAGCUUUUGCGCUAAGGUUUUAUUUUAUAUAGCAAUUUUUAAAACUCUAUUAAAAUUCCUGAUAGAUAAGUGGUAAUAAUGGUGGAUCUAUCAGGAUUUUUCCUGUUAGAUAAAUAAACACAAAAUAGCAACAUUUGAAUGCCUUAAUCGUUAAUAUAAUAAUUUCUGUGAAAAAUAAAUAAAUGUAAGACUAAUAUAUAAAAUGUAGAGUAUUAUAAGAUUAAAAGUAAUAUUGUGCUUUAUGAAAAUAUAACCUAAAGUUUAGAUUCAGUUGUAUAUAGAAUAUACACUGAAGGCCUAAUUUAUCGCUGAAUAUCCCAAGCGGUUAAUGUAAUAUAGUAUUUAUUUAAUAUACAUUAAGAUAUAAAGUGAUUUGUAUAUCCAAUGUUAUUUCCAACAAGAUGGUUUAAUAAAAUGUAAUAGAGUAAUUGUUAUGUAUAGGGCCAGAACAUAGCUUGAAAAACUAACAAGAACUACAUGUCUGCAUUCCAAACUGCGGUCAAGUUUAGCUUAGAUAUAUACAUUAAAAGAACCUCUUGAAUACCCUUUUUUUGUAUAAAAACCGAUAAAAAGAACCUUUUGAAUAUCCUUUUUGUAUAAAAAUGGAUCAAAAGAACCUCUUGAAUAUCCUUUUUGUAUAAAAGCGGAUUAAAACAACCUCUUGAAUGCAGUAUUAGUAUUUCCUAACUUUUGUUUAAUUGAUUAUGGCUGACUUUAAUUGCUUAUUGUAUGAGUGUUUUGAUAUUUUAAGAACCAUAGACAAAUUUGUGUUGCUUGACGCUCAUAUGAUUUCAAUUUUGUCACUCAUUUUUUUUUUGUUAUGUGUGAAAGUUACUAAUAAGUCAUUCUAUCUAUCUAAGCUGUAAGUUUGGACUACGAACAAUAAUUCAUGUAAUUUGAAAUUUGAAUUGUUAUCUAAUUGUGCAAUCGUUUCUAACUCACUAAUAAUCAUAUAAGUUAAAAUGAGACGAAUAUAUAAAGUUUUGUUGCUAUUUUCGUCCGGUUUUAUAUUGCCUUAAUUAUUGUUCUUAGGUUGAGGCUAUGUUUGGCUCUAUCGCUCUUAUGAGGUCAAUAAUUCCAAAACCAUUUUACAGCUUGAGUCGUUUUAUGCACUGACUUUUUGCACACACUAUGCCGCUUUGAAAGUAUUAUUCCACUUUGGAAUAACACUUUCAAAGUUUUGAUCGUUUGUUACUGUUCAAAAAGUGGCCGCAUAAUUUCUCGUUAGUGUAAUUGUUAUUAAUUCUUAAUUAAAGUAUAUAUUAUAAAUGAACGGUGCCUCUUUUCAUAAUAUAGACAAUAUUCCGAUGGUAGGUUUGUUACCACUGAGGCGUAGAUAUAGCUCGUUAUAUUGUAAAUAAACGAAAUAAAUACAAAACGAAACGAA